AUGGCCAUGAAGCACUUUGUUGCAACAGCCUUUGUUUUGGGUGUCCUGGCUGCAAAGGCAUGUGCAUCCACAGUUCACGAAGAUGAACCCAAAGUUAGCAACUCCUUGGAGGCCACUUCAGAAGAUGUCGCAAAUGAAGCCAUUCUUAUUGGUCAGAUGCUAUGUGACGUGGCACACGAUCUGGCUCACGACAAGACACUUCAUGACGAGCAGGAAGAGUAUUCAAUGCGUAGCUUCUGGACCAAGUUCAAGGCUGCAAUGAAAAAGGCAGGAAAGAAGGCCAAGACCGUUCUUAAGGCCGUCGGAAAGCAUGCUAAGGAGUCGCUGAAGAUCAUCGCCAAAUCGGCUGCCGAAGUUGCCAUUAAGAAAACACAUGAAAAACUGCAAGAGAAGGCUGUCACAUUUGCUACAAAACUAAUCGGCAGCGCAAUUGCUAGCUAUGCAGCUGAAGAUAGUGCAAGUGAAGCAGACUUCGUCCAAUACUUCUGUUCGCGCUUGGACCAAGCAGGACGGAGACUCAUCCAUGAAGGAGAAAAGCUGAAAACACUGUAAAAUAUGCUCUGUCCAUCCACGAAAACAAAUUUUACCAAUGAAGAAUGUCAAGAAUUCUA